AUGAGUGAAGAGAACGAUCCAUUACUUACGGCACUUAAUGAAGAGGUUGGUGGGAGUUCUGAAACUCCUGCUGCUGCAUCUGCAAUUGUUGCAGCACCCGUGGAUGAAGAGCGUGAAAGGGCACUUACAGCACUUAAAAACAAACUUAUAGAGCAUAUACAGUGGGAUUCACGGCUAAAAGAGUUAAGAAUGAGUAUUAAAGGCUCGGAAAAAGAAUUCCAGAAGACUGAGGAUGAUAUCAAAGCACUACAGAGUAUUGGACAAAUCAUCGGAGAGGUUUUAAAAGAAUUGGACCGUGAUAGAUUCAUUGUCAAGGCUUCAUCUGGUCCUCGAUACAUUGUGGGAUGUCGAUCCACCAUCAAAAGAGAAUUGUUGGUGAAAGGUGUGAGGGUGGCUCUAGAUAUGACUACUUUGACCAUCAUGAGGAUUCUUCCUAGGGAGGUGGAUCCUUCUGUUUACAGCAUGACGACGUUUGAGCCGGGUGAUAUGUCAUUUGCAUCUAUUGGUGGUCUUUCGGAUCAGAUUCGUGAGCUUAGAGAAGUUAUUGAGCUUCCUUUGAAAAAUCCAGAGCUAUUUUUAAGAGUGGGUAUCCAACAACCUAAAGGUGUCUUGCUCUAUGGUCCUCCUGGUACCGGUAAGACGUUGUUGGCUAAAGCUGUGGCUGCCACUAUUGGUGCCAACUUCAUUUUCUCUCCUGCUUCAGGUAUAGUGGAUAAAUAUAUUGGAGAAUCUGCCAGAUUGGUGAGGGAAAUGUUUAGUUAUGCCAAAGAGCAUGAGCCAUGUAUCAUUUUUAUGGACGAAAUUGAUGCUAUAGGUGGAAGAAGAUUCUCGGAAGGUACUUCUGCAGAUAGAGAAAUUCAAAGAACUUUAAUGGAGUUGUUAAAUCAAAUGGAUGGAUUUGAUUCAUUGGGACAAACGAAAGUAAUCAUGGCUACCAACAGACCGGAUACUUUAGAUCCAGCAUUACUUAGAGCAGGUCGUUUGGACAGGAAGAUAGAAGUCCCACUUCCAAAUGAAACGGGAAGACUUGAAAUUUUCAAAAUUCAUCUGACUGAGGUUCAAAAGAAGGGAGAAAUCGAUCUCGAAACGAUGGUGAAGAUGAGCGACGGUUUCAAUGGUGCAGAUAUUCGUAAUGUGAUCACCGAAGCAGGUUUCUUUGCUAUCAGAGAGGAUAGAGAUUACAUAAUUCAGAGUGAUCUGCUUAAGGCUGUCAGAAAGAUGGUGGAUAAUAAGAAGUUGGAAGGAAGGCUUGAGUACGAGAAGUUGUAA